GAAAGGGACGGGGAGAGAGAGAGAGGGAGAGACGGAGAGAGAGGGGAGUGACGACUUGCUGAGCCAGCCCUGCACACACACACAGAGUUACCCCCGAGAGCGAGAUGAGCAAGAAGUCGUUUAGCCGGACAGCCAGCUCCAGCAGUGUGGUGAUGGGCCUGAGCCCCAGGAGGCCGAACAGUGCCCGCAGCUUACACGGGGACAUCAGCAGGAAUGUGAGAGUAGCUUCUUACAGCCCAGGCAGCGUGGGCAACCUGAGCACAAUCGGCGUGCACAACACCUUCAACCAGCAGGAUGAGCUGCAGGGGCUCAACAAGCGACUGGCCACUUACCUCAGCAGGGUGAAGCGUUUGGAAAGUUCGAACAAGGAGCUGGAGGGCAAGAUCCAGGCCCACCUGGCUCAGAAAGGUAAUCUGGCUCGGAACUGGAACUCCUAUGAGAAGCCGGUGGUGGAUCUUUGCAAACAGGUCCAGGAAACCAUUAUGGACAACGCUGGUUUGACUCUGCAGCUGGACAACUGUGAACUGGCGUCGGACGAUUUCAAAGUGAAGUGGCAAUCAGAGUUGGACCUGGGACGAUCAGUGGAGCAGGACCUCAAUGGGCUACGGAAAAUCCUUGAUGACACCAAUAUGGGCCGCAUGCAGUUAGAGUCCCAGAUCGAGGCCUUGAAUGAGGAGCUGAGUUACCUCCGGAAGAACCACCAAGAGGAUGUGGAUGAGCUCAAAAAGCAAAUUGCAAAUUCCAGUGUCUCAGUGGAGGUUGAAAGUUCCGAUGAUGAGGAUCUUGGGAAAAUUAUCAACAGUGUCCGUGAGGAAUAUCAGGCUCUGGCUGAUCAGAACAAGAAGGAUGCGGAGGAAUGUUACAAAAAGAAGUUUGAUGCUGCUUCUCUUGAAGCUUCAAAGAAUAAUGAGGCUCUUCAGGCAACAAAGAAUGAGCUGAGCAGCAUCCGGCGCCAGAUCAAAUCCCUGGAGGUUGAGCAACGCUCAUUGAUGGCCAUGAUCAAUUCCCUGGAGGACACUCUGGAGGACACUGAUCAGAGAUUGGCUGCAGAGCUACAAUCCCUGAACCAGACCAUCCAGCAGCUGGAGGAGCAGCUCGCUGACUGCCAGAACAGACUGAAAGCUCAGAACCUGGAGUACCAGAACCUCCUCAACACCAAGAUGAAACUGCAAGCUGAGAUCGAAACUUAUCGUCGCCUCCUGGAUGCUGAAGGACACAGUCAAACAGAUCACUCAAGAAAACUUCCUGAUUCAAGUACUGGAGACAGGAAAGCCACUAAGAAAGUCAUCAUAAUUUCCCAGCAGGUCGUAGAUGGGAGAGUGGUUUCGGAGCAAAAGGAAUCUGAAGAAGUUCUGAAUUAAAAAUCUUCCUCAUGUGGAGAAAGUUUCAGAAAAGCACUCAAAUCCAUUUCAAGCAAAUAAUCCACAGUAAAAGGGAAUGCCUGGUGAUUCUAGGGAUGUUAUUCUGAUCUUGUUUCUUUCAGGUGAUCUGGCUGGUGAGGUGAAGACUGCUGAUUGGCUAUAUUCACAUGUUGCAUGCUAUAUCUGUGUGAAAGGGGCAAUGUGCUUAGAUAAAGAGCCAGUUAUUGUUUCUAUUAAAGACACAUGAAUGUGUUUGCUGUAGAGGUUCCCUCACAGCAUUAUUAUGACAGUUGUCUGAUGAAUUGGGUUAACAUUUGGUGAAGUGUCAUGCUUUCCUGCAUGGCUGAGGACUGCCAAGUCCUCCCAUCGUUUUUCUGCAUGAACACUACACUCCCAUAUAUUCACUAUUGCUCCGAAGCAUUCACUGUAAACAAUAUCUUCCCAGUGUACUCCUAUUAUGUAUUCACUUAAUACUAUAUAAUCAUCAUGUACGCCAAUGUAUUAACUCAUAUCAUUAUGUAUUGAUUGCAAGUUUCUGCUUUCAUUUUCAAAUUGAUAGGGAGCCAACAACAUAUCUUCCAAUAUGCUCUGUAUAAUCUCCCAUAGUUUUCCACAGAGGCUUAAAAACUAUUCUUUCUGAUGAAAAUAGCAAUUCCCUAAUUAUAGCAAAACGCAGAGUGCAAUG